AUGGUGGUGCACGGCUCCGACGGCGCGGACGAGCUGACGCUGACCGGCCCGACGCAGGUGUGGGAGGCCAAGGACGGCGCGGUCACGGCCUACGAGAUUCGCCCCGAGGACGUGGCGCUGGAGCCAUGCUCGCUUGACGACCUGAGGGGCGGCGUCGCGGAGGAGAACGCGGAGACCAUGCUGCGGGUGCUGGGCGGAGAGCUUGGGCCGCUGCACCGGGCCGUCGCGCUGAGCGCGGGCGCGGGCAUGCUGGUUGCGGGCACAGUCCCGACCUGA